CGCGGUUGGUAGAUCGGGAGUCUAGCAGACUGCGCGAACGGACUCCGCUCUCUUCUCCUUUUCCACUACCAUCGCUAUCAACAACUACCACCACCAGCCUGUUCGGCAACGACUUACGGUAACCAACUACGCCAGAGGCUGCGGCUGCAGCAACAGCAGCAGCAGCACAACCACCACCACCACCAUCGCCACCACCAUCGCCACCGACUCGCUUGGCUACCAUCGCCAACACCUCUUUUUCCUCCUCCUCCACCUCCUUCACCUCUUCCCAUUCCGCUUCACUCCGUUUCACUCGGUCCACGCGUCCUUCCUUAAUUCAGUCCAAUGAGAGCCGCUCUUCGAUUCGUCGCACCCGUCACAGAUCUCUCUCGCGCGUCGAUUUUCAGAGGAUACCCGCUCGAUUCUGUUCUGCGUUGGCUCUCCCGCUGGCCUCUCUCUCGCCUGCCUCCGUCUUCACCUCCGCCUUCGCCUCCACCUCCGCCUUCGGCCGCUCCGGCUCCAGCUUCUCCGACCGCGCCGCAGAGUCGAGAGCUUCGGAGCCGAGAGGCGAUCUCGACUGGAAUUUCGCGAACCGGUUCUCCACCGUGGACACAACACCAGCUACGACCGGAACGGAUUCUGUGUCCCGGAGAAAGUGCGUCUAUCGCGUAGUGUUUGGCCAGUGCGAAACCCUCCGGCCGGAGAGGAUCCCCUUUGGAUCACCAUACUGGAACCGCGGAACCACGUCGUGGAACCACCUCGACUUCGAGGAUACACCACCUCACGCAGCAAAUAUGUCUCGCAAUAGUUGCAACGCGAACCGGUUGCGCGCUCUUAAAAUAGUUCACCGCUUAGCAUAGGUUUACCGUUUUGCCAGCUUCGCGCCGUUCACUCGCUGGAACUCGUCGCAGGACUAACAAGACCAUCAUGACGAGUUGGAGCAGGACGCUUAUCGCGGGCAUCGUCGGGAUCUUGUUUCUAGUGAUCGCGAGGAAUUACACCGAGGCUUGCAACGAGGCGAUCUGCGCCAGCGUGGUGAGCAAGUGCAUGCUCACGCAGAGCUGCAAGUGCGACCUGGUCACCUGUGCCUGCUGUAAGGAAUGCUUCUCUUGUCUCAGCUACCUCUACGACGAGUGUUGCUCCUGCGUUGAUCUCUGUCCGAAGCCGAACAUCACGGACAACCCGUUGAGCAAGAAGUCCCACGUGGAGGACUUCAGCGAGCCGAUGCCGGGCCUGUUCCAGGCUCUGACAGCCGAACCGGACGCGCACGAGCGCUGGCUCACGUUCACGUUUCCUGUGGACUUCGACAUGUCGCUGUUCACGCCGAAGCACGACAAAGAGAUGAAGUACCAUAUGCAGACCGCCGACGAGGAGGCUCAUCCCUUGAAGCCGAACGUGAUGACGGUGAACUGCACGGUGGUGUUCAUGGCUCAGUGCAAUUCUUGGAACAAGUGUCGAGCGUCCUGCCAGAGCAUGGGUGCCACCAGCUACAGAUGGUUCCACGACGGCUGCUGCGAGUGCAUAGGGGACACUUGCAUCAACUACGGGAUCAACGAGUCCAGGUGCAUACACUGUCCGCUGGACAAGGAGGACGACGAGCUGAAGGAACAGUACGACGACUACGGCCAAGACGACGACGAUCUGACCGACGAAGCGAUGGACUAACGGGCUAACCGUCCCCGCCCCGACCAAAUGACAUUCUUUCGCGUUCCUUUAAUGCAGUCUGCAAUGUGUGUUGUGCUCACCUGUGGUGUGCGCCCGCGUUCCCGGUGACGAGACUUUCGCGGAGAAACCUCGCGAGUCGUGACUCUCUUUGGCUCGCGUGGCUUUGUUGUGUGGUGUAUCGAAAUCAAUGACAUUUUUCUUUUUUCGUGGUACUAGCUUUUAUAGAACAAACGAGACGAACAAUUUCUCCCUUGAAAAGGGUCCAGGCUCGUUAGGUAAUGUAAUUUAUAAAUUAUCACGGUUCACAUGGCUCAAAGUCAUUGACUGUUGACCGUCCGUAUUUAACUGACCAAACCGACGGUCGGAUAUACAUAGAAGUGGUCUUGCGAAUCGAAUAUAGCUUUUACAUAUGUGGAAUGUACGAGGGUAAAUCCUGGUUAAAUAUUCAUUUUUUACUAUGCGCUAUUUUCAUCGAUACGCGAUGGAUGGUAAAAAAUGAAUUAUUCGAUCACACGAUUUUACCUUCGUACGAAAUUUACGAGCCGUUUCAAGUCUUCCUGUUCCGAAACUUGCCCUGGGUAGGGUGACAUCAACGCGCCCGGUAAAUGUUUUAACGGUGCGGCGAAGUCGAAUGUGACUGAGAAUCGUCGAUAACAUCGAAAUCAAAGCAGAAAUUGCAUACAGUCGCUCUUGGUUUUCAUUUUAUCGUGGUCACGAAUUGUCGAACACUCGGUACGUGUAAGUAGUAGUCCUACUGCGUCGAAUUUUUAAUACUUGUCCGUGCCAUAUGAAUAGAAUCGUACACUUAUGAGAUUGUUCUUGGCCCCUCCGACGCACUAUAUAUGCCUGUCGAUCUUUUCGCUUGCACGGCAAAUAUUGUCUGUGUUCGAAUCAAUGUCUUCCUACCGCUCGACCGAUCGAUAGAACAGCGGAGAAUGCAUCUGAAAUAUGAACAGGACAAGUGGGAGCAUGCGAUUCGAAAGGUACAUGGAGAAUAUGUGCCGUUGAUAUGAUGUACAUAGAAAUAAUCAGGUCGGAGGGAUUGCGAUAUGAUACGAUAUGGUUUAAUACUGCACUUGAUUACGCCAAUGCACAACAUUGAGACAAUACGAAGGAUCGAACAGGUAUAUUCUCGAAGUAAUGUCCAAUUCAUGCGAUUAAAUGUAAAUAAAACUAUUAGUAUAUAUAUAUAUAUAUAUCUAUAUAUCUAUAUAGAUACUUAAAAACUGCGGAUACCGUUAAAGCUUUAUGAACAGUGGAUCCCGAGAUCGAAAGACCACUACAAAAAUAACGACGAGAGCAAUCCGUUUCCCCCGGGGAAUUUUUUAACAGACUAGAGAGGGGACACCGAAUCGAUAUCAAAUAAUCAUUCGUGGCUAGACUAGUGUAAAUAAUAUUUUGUUUUUUUUCAAAAUCGUUAGAAUAAAGUUUUAUAAACAAGAUUCCA